AUGGUGAAGGGACGCAACGGGAAAAGCGGCGAGAAGAAUGUUGACAAUGCUCUCGACAACAACGUACCUGAUGUACCCGUGAAGGAGUCCGCUGACUCCGGGAAGCCGCUCUCAAGUCCAGCUUCAACGACUGUGAUCGGUCCCUUCGAAGCUCUUCCAGAGCUGCCGGUCGCUGGCGAUCAGGACGCUGCUUCCACUAAGGAGAAGACUGACGGGGUGGAAAAGGACGCCGGGGAAGAUGCGCGUGCGGAGAAUGACGCGGUCGACAAUGAAGAUGAUGGUGCUGACGCGCAGCCGGCAGAAGUUCUAGACGACGAGGAUGACGGCUACCUGAGUGACGCCUCUGAUGAACACCUGGAGCCAGAUUCGCUUAACAGUAUUCUUGCUCUGAAGCGCUUUUCACUAACCUUGUUGGUGCCGAUUUCCAGGAAGGUGGAGGUUAAGCGUGCUGCUGUGACUAUUGCUGCCUUGUUGGACGAUUGGAAAGAGUUGCUAUCACCUGAGGUGCUCUUAACCACCACUUACCAAGAUCUUUCGCCAAUGUACUUCUCCGGUGAUCGCUACGGACGGCUGCAAGUUACCUUUAACCAAGUUCGGGACGCGAACUUUGUCUGGAGCCAAGUCAUCCGUCACGAGUGUGUCAACGGCGAUUUCAUUGACCUCACCUGGCAGCACCCGGAAGACGCGCGCUUUCUGCGCGAGCGUGUGCUGAACCCCACGGCCAAGGAGGUUGUGGUUAAAGGCGUGCCGGCGGAGAUUUCGGCGGAACUGAUUCGCCGCUUGUUGAUGGUGUCGAAGCUGGUCUUGCGCGGGAAGAGCGCGUUCGCCAGCGGUUUUGGCUUUCAUCGGACGGUGGACCCAGUAUCCGGCUUGGAUACGGAUCGCAUUCGUGCUAUCUGCUUCUCCUUCCCCACAGCCGCGUCCCUGAAAGCUUCAGACCUGCUGAAGCGCAUCAUGCGAGACCCCGCUGUCAUUCUCACCUCCACCGGAGGCGCGCGGGAGGAAUGGGUCUGUGUUCAGACAGUUUGCGAGAAGGCGCAGGGGAACCGUUUCGAGCAGGCGUCGGCUCACAUCGCUUCUGCUCGUUACAAGGGGGGGUUACGGAAGGAAGGAUCAGCAACGCGCGCAAGCAUGUUCUCCCAGAAGCUGCAAGCCUUCAAGAAGGAGUUCAUUGUGAAACCUGCGAAGUAG